UUGUACACGCCUGAUGAUACAACUGUGAUUAAUGUCCUAGUGCAUAACCUACUACUAAUAUUAAUUCAGGCCAUUUCUUCGCCGCCCGGCAACGAAAGCCUCCCAUGCUCCGCAAGCUUUACGUGCUGUGCUAUAGACCCUACAUCUCGCUACCUUUGUGCCGGGACAGAUAGUUUCGAAGAUGACAUCUCGAAGAAGAAGAAAAAAAGGCAGAAAUUAGAAGAGGAUGACGAGCCUCAGGCUCCCAUUUUGGUUUGGGAUGUUCGCAGUCUCACGCAGCCUCUUUCUGUUCUCUCCGAUAUACACUCAGACUGUGUAACCAACCUGUCCUUCGAUAACACUUCCCGCCUACUGAGCUCAUCGGAGGAUGGUCUCGUCUGCGUCAGUGACGUUAAGGCUUCUCCGGAGGAUGCCCUUCUUCAGGCUUUCAAUGCUGAAGCGCCGGUUAUGUACUGCGGCUGGUUAUCACCGGACAAGACGGCCGACUCUGGCGUAUACGGCUUGAGCAACAUGCGGCUGAGAUUCCAAUGUUGGCCUUGGGUGGACCCAGAGGAAGAAGUGACGGCAAUUGCGGAUGAUGGUUGGCGCAAAUUGAAACGCACCUACCACGAAAAAACUUUGCUCUCGGCUGUCCGUCUGCCCGACACAUUUGCACGUCUGUCUGCGGAACGAGAAAUGCCUGAUUUGCCCGAUUAUCCCGUGAUCUGCAUGUUAAACACAGCCGACGAUCGGUUUAACCUCAGAGUGUCUCUACUGCGACCAGGAACCUCCACAUACCUUGCGUCGCACUGCAUGCAGUCAAAGACGAUGGACACGAAAUCGGCCAUAUUCUAUGCUGCUUUUCUGGACUCCGAACCAAAACAUAUCCUGGCCGUGGGUCGGUAUUCUGUUCAUUGCCUUCAGUUUAAUAUUUCUGAUGAAUCUUAG